UUUGAAAGAGCAGCGCGCGCAGCCCGGGCCUGCACGUAAGCAGGAAGAGAAGAUGGCGGCUGUUUUGGAGCACAGUCUCGUGGAGAUCUGCGGGUUCGGGCGGGAAGCAGAACGGCGGUUCCGAGAGGUCAUAGUGAGUCCAGGUGUUAGCGCUCCCUCCGGUGGGCUGAAGUUUCCAGACAGCGCUGGAGCUUUCCAUUAUGAAGAGAGCGGCAAGCUGCUGUCCGUCACCAGCAACCGCUUCGUCCACUGGUGGACGUCAGCGGACACGGUGCAGCUGGUGGAGGAGUCUCUGGACACCAACCUGCUGAAUAACGCCAUCAGACUGAAAUUCAGCUGCUGCAGCGUUCUGCCGGGCGGAGUCACCAUCCAGGAGACCCUAAACAACGUCGUCAUUCUCAUCUGCACCAAUCAGAGUGUCCACAGGCUGGUGCUUCCUCAUCCGGCGCGCAUGUACCGCAGCGAGCUGGUGACGGAGCGCCACAUGCAGUCCAUCUUCACCGACGUCAUGAAGCUGGACCUCCAGGACCCGGCCAGCUGCGCCCUGAUCCCCGGCUGGGCGGGGCACGCCGCCGUUCCCGGCGCUGUGUCGGCGUGGCUCAGCUUCCACGGAGACGCUCACUUCGCCCUGGGCUCGCCUGCAGGAGGCAUCACCGUGGUGACGCUGCCACCCCACGACUCGCAGGGCAGCGCGUCGGUGGUGGAGCUGAAGAGGAGCUCCGUGAUGAGGAGGAUCUCCGGCUGGAUGCCCACCGCCAUCCGGGGGGAGCAGAGUCCGCCGGACCGGGUUCUGAGCCUGGCGGUGCGGGAGGAGGAGGAGGAUUCGCUGAUCUUCGCUCUUUGUCAGGAUCACCGGCUGCGCAUGUGGUCGCUCACGGAGCAGUCGUGUCUCCUGGAGGCCGACAUGUUGGAGUACAUGCCGGCCUGUAAGGGCGUGAGGCGGCUGUCGGGUCAGGGGCACCGUCUGAGGCUGGCCUUCUCGCCCAGAACCGGGCUGUGUCUCUGCGUCUACCUGGCCGUCCCGCAGAGAGGACAGUUCAUCGUCCUGCAGCUCGUCGGCACAGACAACAGCCGCUACAGCCUGGAACACAUCUCCUCUCUGUUCAGCACUCAGGAAGCUCUGGUGGACUUCACUCUGACCCCGACCGACGUCUGGGCUCUGUGGGAGGACGAGUCCAACUCGGCUCUGGUCAAAUACAUCAACUUCGAACACAACACGGCGGGUCAGUGGAACCAGGUGUUUGUUCAGCCCCCACCGGAGGAAGAAGUCUCCGUAGGGGUGGAUCUGGACCCCAGGGAGACCUACCUGGAGCUGCUCUUCUCUCCGCUGCGCUUCACUGCGUCGGCCAUCGUCAGAGCCCUGCAGAUCUUCCGACGCGGCUCUGAGAGGAUCCCGGAUGCGUCCUGGGAGAACCUGAAGAAGGAGGUGACCCAGGCUGUGGAGAGCGAGCUGCAGAGCAGCGUCACAGAGUUCGAGUUUUCUCAGGAGGAGUACCGACAGCUGCAGGUGGAGUUCUGGUCCCGGUUCUACUCCUGCUGUCUGCAGUACCAGGAGGUGGAGUCCACGCCGCUGGGCCUGACGGUCUGCCAGCAAACCGGGAUGGCCUGCUUGCUCCGUAAGGGCUUCGUGUCGUUCCUGCUGCCGUGUUUCGCCGUGGAUCACCUGUACCUGUCCUACGAUCAGUACCUGCAGUCUGAGGAGGACACGCCCAUCAGCGACGACCCGGAUGUGGCCCGAGACGUCCUGCAGCUGGUCCGGACCCUGCGGCUCGUCAGCGACACCGUUUCUGCGGAGAUGGCGUACGAGAUGGAGAAAGCUCUGGAGUAUCUGCAGACGCCCGAGAGGGCCGCCGAGCUGGUCCUGGAGAACAUGGUGUGCAACGACAAGGACGGCGUGAUCGAAGACAUCCAGAACAAACUGCAGGACAUCCGGAACCCCUCGGUAGCCAUGAUGGCUCUGCUGAGGGAGCUGGACCUGGAGACCGACUCGGAGCUGGGUGGAGACGGGCCCGUCGCUCCAGGCCUGAGCGUCAGGAUGAGCCUGUCUCAGCUCUACGGCAGCAACUGUGCCGUCUCCGUCGUCUGCCAGGCUGUCUGCCACAUGGCCAUGACCCGGGCCCAGUUCUGCAGAGACCUGCUCAUACUGCAGAAACUCUACCUGCACUUCGGAGACAACGUGUUCCUGGGCGGGGGAGCCCAGCUGCUCCAGCUCCAGCAGGAUCUCAUUCCCCGGACCUCCCACCUCCUCUCCUCCUAUCACCUCCUCAAAGGCGUCAGUCAGAGCCUCGCCUCCUCCGUUCCCAUGGACGCCAUAGACGUGAACCUGCAGCACCUCACUGCGCUGGAGCUGUCGGACACGCCGAGCGUGUCGACGGGUCGAUCAGCGCUGAGCCCUCAGACGGUGCUGGAGCUCUUCUAUCAGACAGCGGCCCGGAGGAUCAUCAUCUCCCAGAUAUUUUCCCUGCAGAACACCGACUCUCCGCUCAUCUGGACCCACAUGAUCUCCAGCCUGGUCCAGCUGCUAGCCCAGCUCAUCUGGCCCAGUAACCCCGGCUUCCAGUUCCCAGAGUGUCUGAUGGCCAACUGUCAGUUUACGCAGCUGCAGGAUUACGUGCGUCUGAUUGGCCCGUGGUGUCAGGUGAACAUCGGUUCGUGCCGCUUCAUGCUGGCUCAGUGUUACCUGGCCGACGGCGAGGGCCAGAAGGCCCUGCGGUGUUUCCAGGAGGCGGCGACAGAGGUGGAGAGGGAGGAGUUCCUAAGGAAGCUGACAGGUAGCGAGGACGAGGAGGCGGCGACCAGUCCGAGGUUGCAGUACUACAACAAGGUGCUGCGGCUGCUGGAGGACGUGGGCCUACCCGAGCUCGUCAUCCAGCUCGCCUCUCUGGCCAUAGCCGAGGCGGAUGACGACGUCCACUGUCAGGCGGCGCUGUGGACCAGGAUCUUCAAGCAUCACCUGGAUCUGGGACACAACAGCGAAGCUUAUGAAGCUCUCACCCAGAACCCCGACAGCAGCAUGCAGCUGGAUUGUCUCCGCCAGCUGGUCGUGGUUCUCUGUGAACGUUCCCAGCUGCAGGAUCUGGUCCAGUUUCCCUACACGAACCUUCACGAUGAGGUCGUCGGCAUCAUCGAGUCUCGCGCUCGCGGUCUGGAUCUGCUGGCACACAACUACUACGAGCUGCUGUACGCCUUCCACAUCACCCGACACAACUACAGGAAAGCGGGGACGGUCAUGUUUGAGUUCGGGAUGCGCCUCGGUAGGGAGGUCCGGACUCGACUCGGCCUCCAGAAACAGGUGAACUGCUACCUCGCUGCGCUCAACUGCCUGCGCCUCAUCAGGCCCGAGUACGCCUGGAUCGUCCAGCCGGUGUCCGGGACCAUGUACGGGCGACCCGGGGCGUCCCCGAAGAGGAACUCGGACGGAGAGUUUCCAGCAGAACCAGCUGCAGGUAGACGGCAGGUGGACAUCCUGGAGCUCUGCGACCUGGAGAAGGAGUACUUCCUGUCCCGCGCUCGCCUCACGCUCGCUCAGCACCACCCGCCGUCUGCAGCCAUCGCCGGUGGGGCGUCUGCGCAGGAGCUCGUUCAACUCCUGGUCCAAACUGGACUCUUUGACUCGGCUCUGUCUCUGAGCCGCAUCUUCAAACUGGAUCUGAGUCCCAUCUUCGACACCCUGACCUUCAAGUGCAUCCAGCUGCAGUCUGGGGGGGAGGAGCCUCAGAGCGAAGCUUGGGGCUGGUUGGCGGCUAACCAGCUAUCAGUCGUUAACACUAAAGAGUCUAGCGCCACAGACGAGGCGUGGCGGCUGCUGGCCUCCUACCUGGACAGGUAUCCGUCCACCAACGGGCAGCAUCACCGCCACGUCAUCCACAAGCUGCUGUCGCACGGCAUCCCGCUUCCUGAUUGGCUGCUUAAGUCCUACAAGUGUGUUGACGCUCCCUCGCUGCUGCGUCUCCUCCUGAACUUUGACCUCCUGGAAACGGCUGCGGAGCUGGUGUUGGAGUACGUGGACGCCGUCCUCGGCCGCGGACACCAGUACUUUGGCAUCGAGCGGCCGCUCUCGGCCACGUCUCCGCCCGCCUGGCUGCCGUACACCGCCAUCGAUCAGCUGCUGCACGCUCUGAGCGAGACACAGACGCACAGCAGCCUUCACAAUAAAGUCCGAAACAAACUGGACGAGUACCACAACGUUGUCCAACAGACGACAGAACGCCGACUUGCCGCUCAGAGACGAGUGGCAGCAUGAGACAAGUCACUGCCAACCUCACCAUUGACCAGUUUUCUAUUUGUUUUUUUUAUGUGUAAAUCUUCUAAUUAAAGUGUUUUCUAAUGUUUGA